CAGAUGGAGUGGGCAUGGACAAAGGAAGAUUCAUCAUGUAGAAUACAUUGCCCAGCCGCCGGGACACCUUUAGAGAGAUAAGCAAUUACAUUGUAGGUUCAAUCUUUGUGGCUCUAGUUCAGCCAGCCUGAUGCCUUCAAGUUGUUUUGGACUACAACUCCCAUCAGCCCUGGUGUAAAACUAUAUGCCGGAUUAAGGAGUCAUGAUGAGGCAAAGUACAAAAAUCCACGCUAAUCUUUCAAAGGAGGAUGCUGCGUGGGAUGCAGCUAACGAGGUUGUCCCCAUUAAGGAAUGGUGUAUUUACCCAACAUUACCCGUCUUUCAACCAGUGUACUAUGUACACACUCCUUCAUCGAUCCAUCACCUCUUGGUUGGUCUGCACUGAAAUCUCUCCAACACUUUGGUGUGUUCCUUGACUUUCUGGCACUUCAUCUCAUGGGUGUGCAGUGCAAAAGCGCAAAGUGGACAAGCACAGAAAAGGCUGCAGAUGGCUUUUUUCAGAGAUCCCCAUUCAACUUCUUUAGAAGUCAGAUCCAGAAGAAAAAACCCUCUGCAGAGAAAGGGGGAUGUGAACAGUACCAGGGCUCAGACCAUGAAGAAUCCAAAGAGGAAAGUGGAAAAGAAAGCAGAGGACACAAAAUGAAUGAUUCCUGCUUAGAAACUCAAAUGGUGGAGCAGAUUUUCCCUGCACCAGACUCAAUGCUGUGUCCGCAAAGAGUCCAGAAUUUCCUGGGGAAAUUGGGCAAACAGGCCUCUAGCAAGGUUUUGGACUUAAAUAAUUGUGCAUUAAGUACAACAGAUAUAAUGGAGCUGGUUGCCAUAAUAUAUUUGCUGCCAGGCCUGGAAGAGAUUGAUCUUUCCUGGAAUGAUUUAAUAGGAGGGACAUUAAAGUCUCUUACCCUUCCGUUCAAAUGUCUGCAAGAGCUGAAAGUCCUCCGACUGAAGAACUGCAGACUCACAGCCAUGGAUCUUUCGUUUUUAGGGGAAGCGCUUGAAGUAAUUCCUCACCUUGAAACACUAGAUUUAUCAUGGAAUACCAACAUUGGUGGGAAGCUUUUACUUCUAAUCCAAAAAAUCCCCAAAGACAAUAAACUCAAAACACUAAAAGUGAUGGAUUGCAGUCUAACUUCUGAAGAUGGUGAAUCACUAGCUCAGCAUCUCUACAAAAUCCACAGCCUUGAAGUACUGGAUCUGUCAAUUAACAAAAAGAUAGGAUAUAGCCUGGAGAGUGUUGCCCAGGAAUUACAGCAUGUCUCAGGACUGAAAGUACUUAAUCUGAACAGGUGUGGGUUAAAACUAGAUGGAUUCAAGUGUUUAGCUAGUGCCUUGCAGCACCUGCUGGAACUAAGAGAAUUAGAUCUGUCAUGUAAUAAAGAGAUUGGAGGAGGUUUCAAGUACUUAGCAGCUCAUUUGGCCGAGCUAAGGAACCUAGAAGUCCUGAAUCUUCAUCAGUGUUGUAUUACAGAAGAGGACAUGACUGUUUUAACCCAUGUAAUCCCCCUUUUGUCGAGUCUUCAGGACCUGGAUUUAUCAUUAAAUAAAAGUAUUGGGAAGUCUUCCGACCACCUUCUUAGCAGACUCCGUUUUUUACCAAAACUGAAAUCGGUGUUUCUCAGCAAUUGUUCUUUAAAGCAUGAUUCAUUUGCAUCUUUAGCUGAUGCUGCCCUUCACCUUCCUGAACUGGAGAUAUUAGACCUUUCUUGGAAUAAAUGCGUUGGCGGGAACCUAAAGCUGAUUUUGAAAGCGCUAAACCUUGGAGCUGAGAUCAAAGUGUUAAGACUAAGCAGCUGCAGCUUGGUGGAUGAGGACCUGGGUGGCCUUGGCCUGGUCAUCCAAGCUGGGCAUCUGGCUCAACUACAAGAACUGGACCUUAGUUAUAACAACCAGAUCUCUGACCAAGGAUGGACAAUGUUCUAUCAAGACAUAGUUGGCCUUGAGCAGCUUUCUGAACUGGAUGUCAGCCGUCGCCCGUCGUCACGUGGCAACUGUGGCCAAUGGUUGGGCAAACUUUUGGCAGCACUGCUGAAGCUGCCCCAGUUCACGGAGCUCGGGCUGCAAGGCUGGGUUCUUUCCGAAGUUCAGCAAAAGCAACUGGAACAUUUUAAUCGGGACAAUGAACGAAAUGUUCGCUUUGAUGUUUGGUAUGGAGCAUGA